UUAAAUAUAGUCGGUUCAAUUACUGUUGAGAUUAAAUUUGCUGAAAACUAGAAAGAUAAAAAACAUCUACAUACAUAAAUAUAUUAAAGAAAAUGCCUAUUCGCAACAUUCCACCAUUUGUCUUGAGCUUGGAUUCGACUCCAUACUUCAACCACGAUGUAUAUCCAAAUCAUAUUUAUCGACGAUUGCACGAGCGUCAACAUCAUCCAUUGGAUUUAGGCACAUUGGGGUUAUUAGCGCGUUUAGGUCCACACGCUAAACACUUAGUGGCUAACAAACAUAACGCAGAAUGCGAUAUUGCUAGUCGUUUCGGAAAGAAUGGUUUUGAAGUGCAUCUCGACGUUGGUUUAUUCAAACCUGAGGAUCUUAGUGUGAAAAUAGUAGAUGAUUCAUUAGUGAUUGAGGGUAAACAUGAAGAGCGCGAAGAUGACCAUGGACAUAUUUCACGUCACUUUGUGCGUCGUUACGUACUUCCCAAAGGCUAUGAUCCGGAUACUAUUGUGUCGACUUUAUCAUCGGAUAGUGCAUUAACUGUGCGUAUACCCUCCCCACCCCAGCUCCCAGAACUAGAGAAAAAGGAACGUGUAAUAGAAAUACAGCAGGUUGGCCCUUCUGACAUAUUUUUAAAGAGCAAAAGCCAGGAGGAGGCUGAUGCCGCUCAGCCAGCAUUAAAAUAAGCACACAUGCAUACAUAGUGAAAUUAAAGUUUAUGUUAGUGACAUAAACAUAGCUUUGCAUUUACAAAGCUACUCUAAAGUGUUUUAAAUAUCUGCCAUUCUUAUAUACUAUGCACAUACACACAUACAUACGUACAUAUAUGUGUUUUAAAGCUAUUGUGAAACAUUAAAUGCAUUAAGCAAAAAAAUAAUAAGCAUAUUUAGAAUUGUGGUAUAUUAUACGAAAUAUUUUACUUAUACUACAUAUAUACUUAAUUGCAAUUUUUUUAAGUGAAACCUUAUCCUAUUGGAAAAUUU